CAGAGCUCCAUUGUUGCAGCCUUUCCCAGCCCACUGAUCCUAAUAUGGAAUGCAGCAGGAAACCCAUGAUUUCCUGACACUCCGCAAGCUGGAGGAAGCAAGGGGAAACUCCUUUAAAAGCCCAGCUUUCCUCCAUGUUAGAAGUGAAGUGAAAAAUGGGGAAGAUUUAGCAACAUUCCAUCGUGUCUUCAGUCAGGCUAGAAAGAGGGAGAGCAGAGUGAGACCCUCAGGCUGUUGAAAUUUCUGGACAGCCAGGAAGCCCCUAGAAUUCAGUGACAAUGAGGUUUCCUCACUUAAACUGAUAAAGGGGCAGACCCUUUUAACUAGUCCCCCAAGUGUGUGUUACCUGUCUUGCCCAGCAUGGUAAGCAAGAAGGCACAUGCCAGCCUCCUUGGACAUAUCUGUGUGAUCCCAGACACAAAGAGAGGGGCGCAGUGAUCGCAAGCCCGCUGCUCACGUCCCACGGUUUCAUGGGCUUUGGGAGAAGCAGGAGAAGCAACAGCAGCAGCAGCAGCACGGCCAGGGCAGCUGGAGCCGCAGGAAUGAACUGCAAGGAGGCAAAUGACAGCGGCUGUGGCUGCAGUGGCAACGAGGAGAAGAAGAUGCUGAAGUGCGUGGUGGUCGGAGACGGCGCAGUGGGGAAAACCUGCCUGCUGAUGAGCUAUGCCAACGACGCCUUCCCGGAGGAGUACGUGCCCACGGUGUUUGACCACUACGCAGUGACUGUGACAGUGGGAGGCAAGCAACACUUGCUCGGACUGUAUGACACAGCAGGACAGGAGGACUACAACCAGUUGAGGCCGCUCUCCUACCCCAACACUGAUGUGUUUUUGAUCUGCUUCUCUGUCGUAAACCCUGCCUCUUACCACAACGUCCAAGAGGAGUGGGUCCCGGAGCUGAGGGACUGCAUGCCGCACGUGCCUUACGUCCUCAUAGGGACCCAGAUCGAUCUCCGUGAUGACCCCAAAACCUUGGCCCGGUUGCUCUACAUGAAGGAGAAACCUCUCACUUACGAGCAUGGUGUGAAACUUGCAAAAGCGAUUGGAGCACAGUGCUACUUGGAAUGCUCAGCCCUGACGCAGAAGGGUCUCAAAGCUGUUUUUGAUGAAGCGAUCCUCACCAUUUUCCACCCCAAGAAAAAGAAGAAACGCUGCUCCCGGGGUCACAGCUGCUGUAAGAUUAUCUGAGGUGAUUGAGACGCGCCCCCUCCCCUCCUGGGGUGGGAGUGGCAGCCAACUUCUGCCCCUGCGCGAAAGCCUCCAGGGCAACAGAGAGGAAGGCCCUCCACGUGGAGGCUUGCUUCUCCCCACCGGGAAGCCUCUCAAGCACAGCACACCAGUCAACCCACUGCCACAUCCUCCCUAUCAGCCAGAGCCUCCACCUUGCAUGCCCUUUGAGAAGGCUGAGCCUGUAUGACAGCCAGGGUCGCUGCCAACAAAGUAGGGAGCAAAGUCAAAGGCCAUCUUGCAUUUUACAUCUGCCCUCCCCAUGACGGAAAGCCAAAAGGAAAUCAUCAUAAGGAAAACCAAAGAAGACACUCAGUUCCUCUAUCAGUGGCCUUACUUGACAUGUUUUGCAAACCAUUGAAAUACAAUAUUAACCUUUUUAUCUGAAUCUGCUGUUCUACUCAUGUGUUUGACAUCCCUUUGUAUUAUUUUAAGAUCGUUACUAAUUUACCAGUUUACUCAGGCCUUACAAAUGCAGACCAAAUUAGCCUAAAGACAGUGUUUUAUAUUCGUUUCUAUUUUCAGCAUGUUUCUACCAAAGUUAUGAGAACCAACAUGUACCUCUGAAUGCCAACUACAAGAAAAUACAGGAAACCUUAAAACUUUUGGAAAUUUAAAGAACCAUAAUUUUUUACCUGGUUAGAAGAAAAUACCAUCUGAAUUGUUGCAGGUUCACAUUUUUGCCAAAGACUCACCCUAGAAAUACUUGCAGUGAUAAGUAGCCUUAUUUUAUUUUUCUUUCAGUAUUAUAUUGUCAGGGCAAGUAACAAAUGAACUAUGUCUAUGAAAGUUUCUGGUUUUCAAUCAAAGUGAUUAGGGGCUAGGAGAAUACAGCAGGACUUACCUUUUAAAAUGUUCUUUAUGCAGCAAAAUAAACCUUUCUGCACCUUCCCUUCCCACUUUGUAACCCUUUUGCUCUCUCAAUUUCACACUUUCUCAAAUGCCUACCUCCUUUUCUCUCCCCCAAUAAUUACCUGAUCUAAAAGGGUCUGGCUGUGGAGCAUGAAAAAUGAAGUGUUUAAAAGUUCCUAAAGGUUAAAGAAAGUGUCUCAAUUUUUCCACCUGCUUCAAGGGGAAGUGAUUCUCAGUUUGUCCCAAGUAAAUUCCCAUUCUGUUUAAAUCACAUUUUCCAGAUACAGCUGGGACUAAAAAACUGCCUCUCCCUAUUCCCAAGGCCUGUUGUCCCAAGUGUAUCUUUAGGGUCUAGGUCUGUGAGUAUCCAGCUCUGGGUUUAGCCCCUGCCUCCCACGGUGAUGUGCUCUGCCAACAGGGACUUUGGCCUUGAGGAGGAAAAAGGAAUACCGUGUCCUUUCCUUUAAACAGCCAGGGAUUCUGUGUCGUGGAGGAAGCUGCUUCUAGCUUUUAAUUAGAGACUAUGAACACUUCUAAUUAGUCUUAUUUGCUUUCAAUUACCCUAGAAACAUCCAGGUAGGCACUUAAAUUUUUAUUUCAAUUGCAUAAGCAAAGUGCCUCUUUGCAGCAUAAAAUUGCACCAAUUUUGGUCUUAAAAAAUUUCCACAUUCACAAUCCUCCUGUUAGAAAAAUCCAGUCUUUCUAGUUCUUUGUGUUCCCAAGGAAAUCCAUUUUAAAAAGCUUAGGGUAUGGGUCUGUUCUGUAAGAUCUUCCAUGACACCCACUCAAUUUGGAGAGGUUUGCUUGGUUAGUUUGUGUUUGUUUAGAAUUUCUGAAAUGUGUUUUCCCUUAUUUCAUAUUUCAAGUUAUUUUCCUUCCUCAUUUAGAUGCUAGCCGUUUUCUUAAACAUACAGAGAAUGAGAACCUAAAAGAAAAUGGGAGUUUUGUAAGUCAAAGCUUGACAUUUCAAGAAAACAAGGACUUUCUGCUUUUGUAAAUGGAAAUCAAUUGUAUAUAAACUAUGACUCUGCAGAGGUUAUGAUUUCAUCCUUUCCAGACAAUAAUAAGCAUUUAGCCCUGUAAUAAAUGUAAUGCUGUUAGUCGGUUUUGUUACAUCGUUGCUUACCUACAUCUUCCUGAAGGGCCAUGCCUCACUUCUCCUUGAUGUGGAUGAAACUCGGUGAGUUGCAUGUUUGCUCUGCCAUGGAGAAUUUUCCAGAUGUGUGCACUCAACAGGCAAAUGGUUCCCCAGGCCAUCAUCUUGCUAAUGGACCACAGGGACUGACUUUGUUCAUGGGGGAACAUUCACUCUGUCACCUGGAACCAGAACCCAGAGAGAGACUUUUAUGUCUGGUUCGAGCACAGGCUCCUAGAGGUUUUAGGCAUUAAUUACUAAAUAAAAUAAUGAAGAACAGAGCAAACCAAGUGAGUUAACAUCAUCCCACCAAAUCAAUUGUGUAUUCCCUAUUUCUAAAUGUAGUUCCCUUCAAUAGAGGUGUUUUGUGCCAUAAGAAUGACUAUACUCUAAAGCCAAAAUGAAGAGGAGACAUAGAUCUGAAGAAGAUCCUUUAAUGGCCUACACCAUUUUUCAAAGACAAGAAGGGACAAGUGCUCUCUGGAGGCUAGUGUCUUAGCUUUUCAGGACUGAAAGAGGCCUCAGAAACUGUAGUCCAAGUCCCCUAUCAUACAGUUGGGGAAGCUCAAACCCAGAUGGGGUAAGGAGAUGUGUUGUGACAGCUGAAAGAGAGCUCAAUUCUUCUGCUUCCCAUCCACUACCCAGCUCCUUACUAUGAACUCUACAUUAUCAUACAAAUAAAGUUGGAGUUUCAUAGGCAUAUUAUUGGAGUGGCAGGUUUUUUGCUCUAUAGGUCCUAGCCACAUUUCAUACCUAUAAUAUAAACCAUUAUAAAUAAUUCAUCAGAAUAAUAACUACCUAGAGACAAGAAUUUGAUUUAUAUAACUAAUAGGCCUCACUCCACAGUAUACAAUGACAUGUAAUCCUAAUCUAAUUGCACAGUAGAUGGCAAUGUAAUCCCAAUCUAAUGACUCAAUCAAGAAACUAAUUUGACAAAUUUUCUUUCAAUCAGUUGGUUGGUUACUUGGUAGAAUUAAAAGACUCCUUGGUCUAUUUUGGAAGCACAAAAGGCCUAUGACAAGUCAAAGCCAUGUCAGCAGCAAGAAAUCUGGUCUGAUUUCUGCCAGGGAGAGUUAUGCUCCAAGAACAAUUACUGAAUGCAAUGACUACAGCAAUCUUAAACCAGGAAGCACUAAGCUGGGAAAUCAAAAACUAAGCUAUACACAUACGACAAGAAAAGAGAUUUGGUCCUGAGACCCGAAUAACAAUAACAGUACAUCUGAUCUUGAUGUGAGAAGUCCUAGUUAUAUAAAAAGUUAUAUAAAAACCAUUUGGAAGACUUAUGGUCCAUAGAGAAGAGUCAGAUGAAAUGAGUGGAAGUAACCAUACACAAUUUUCAUAGAACUACCAAUAAAGAAAUAAUAUUUAAUGGUAGUAAAACAUAGCCUACUCACAAUCUUAGGAGAAAGUAAAGUUAAACCCAGAAUUUAAAGCCAACAAAAAUGUUCAAAGUUACACUGAGUGAUAAACUUGCAAAGUAAAAGGUCUCCAAAAAAAGUAUAUUUGAGUUGUGAGCCUUUAAAGAUGCAGUAUUGCAUUCAGGGAGGCAAGCUUAUCCAUGAGACCGAAGUGAUAGAAGAUUAGAAAUGGAGAUUUUGUUUUCAAGGACUCUUUGACAACACACUGGACAUUGUUACCUAACCAUUCAUAUCUUCAUUUCUAAAUGUUUAAAUGCCUGUUUAAAUGUCUCUAUGUUUAAAUGCCUGAAUACAAAAUGUGCAUUCUCUCCCAACAGAGAGAACCACAGAUCUCUAGCUAUUUCUUAAGAGGCAUUGAACAGGUUACCCGAGUACAAAUUAGGAAGCUCAACAAAUAUUUUCAUUUCAAGGACCAUUAGACACAGAAAGGAAAAGAGGUCAGGGAAACCAAGUUUCUUACCAAAGAAGGUCCUUUUAAAAAAGAAACAGUUAGAAAAUGAAGAAAAAUCUAACACCAAACACAAGGCAGAAACAUACCUGACAAAUUUCCCAAAGAAUUGCUAAGCUUUCGUCUGGUCUCUGGAGGCAGAGGGAAGAGAGGAGGCCUGUUAAUGCAAAGCGCAGUCCAUGUUUCUGGGUUUCUAAGCAGUCAACCAACAGGAUUAAUCAUGUGAUAAUCCUAGAUAGUUCCACUUCACCAUCCAUUAAAAAUGAAUGAAAUGCUGGUCAAUGCCAGCAUGGCCCCUCACACCUCUUCUGAUCUACAGCAAGCUGUCAAGAAAAACUUACCGAGAAAUAGGAAAGUAUAUAUAAAUUAUUUUCAACUCUCCUUGAGCACAAAUAUGAUUUAAGACCUGAAAGAGAUGAUUUUGAGAUAUCUAGAAAGACAGUUACUUGCAGAACUGCUAUUUAGUCAUCUUCCAUGGAGUAUCUCAAAGUAGAAAGAUGGCAUUUGAAAUGGACAGCAGCAGGAACAGAGUGCAAAAGCAUGAGAUUGAGCCACAGUUCGUGGGGUUUCGAUGGUCCUCAAAGACCAGAAAGAAAAUCAAAAUGCCUGGCUCUUCACAGAAGCACUUCAGGCAUCAGAGUCUCGGCUGCUCUCCUUGGAGACCACUCAGGUCAUGACAGGGUGAGUCAAAGAGGGUUAGGCUCAUCUGUGAAUUCGUGGGAUGCAAGUUCAACAACAGUUCUUGGCUUUCAACUUCCACUACAGGAAAUUAGAGUAAAAGCUGCAUGAUUAAUCUUGGUCACAAUCUAUUUUUUUUCCUCCUUAGGGAACAAGAUGUGAAGCAACAAGAGCCCUUUUAUAUGUAUAUGUUUUAAACAUGCUCUGCCCUGGUCAGCUCACUCUGUGAACUGCAGUGACUCAGACUUCGUGAUGCUGUAGCUGGAGUCAUUUUGUUGUUUCUUCAGCCGUGUCCUCCAAGCCUCCCAGUAUAAGCAGUUAUCUUUGAUGAACAGUAUCUAAUCAGUUUGUCUGAGACAAUUGGAGGGCAGGCUCCCCAAAGCUCAGACGGAGUCUGAUCCAAAAGCCAUCAUCAUGCACUAAGCCUCCAAGAUCCUGCACAAGUCAGUUUUUGAGUUUAUGUUAAUUUUUUGGAGAAAAAAAUAGAAACACUUUCAUGGCAGAGCAGUAUGUUUGUCAAUAGCUUUGUAAAAUUUCCACCACCUGCCAUUUUUUAAAUCAGCUUUCACAAGAAAUUGAAUUUUUGUCUCCGAGAAGAGCCCUGGGCAGGAAGGUUAAUGAAUUCUAUAUCACCUGGCUUAAAUUGUUUUUGGCUCUGUGUAAAUAGUAGUUGCUGUUUGAGUACAUCCCAGCAGAAUUUUAUCCCAAUCGAAACAUUCCGUGCUUCUCCCCAGGUAAUCUCUGCAGAGGAAUGACAGACACGGACAGCAUAGCUGACCUGCUCACAGAUUGACUUUCUUACAGCCUGCUUCUUAGGUGAUAGCUAUUCUGGGUACACUUUUCAUAACUAAUGGAAUAUUAUUUCAUGUACUCCUUAACCUUGCAGUUUAUUUUAUACCAUGUUCUGACAUUUAGUCUUUUUUCCUGCUUUCAUUAUGGGGUUAUCUGAGUGUGUGUCCAUCAGCCACUGAAGAAAAGACCUUCCCUAGCCCUCUGCUAGAGUGGGGAAUUGUUAAGCCCUUUUCUUCUUGAAGCGUGGCCUCGGGGCCAGUGGGCACUCCCUGGGAGCUGGUUAGGACUAUUGAAUCUCGGGCCCUGUUCAGACCUACUGAAUUCAAAUUCUUAUUUUAGUAAGACCCCCUAGGUGAUUUUUGCACAUAUUAAAAUUUGAUAAGUACUGAUUUAUGAGACAACCAAUUUUGUUAUCAGUCUUUAGAUGCAGGAUGUAGCUGUCUGAUGCAGAAACCAUCAGCUUCCCCUGUCUCUCUGAUACUACCUUUUGGGUAUUUCACAUUUGCUAGAUAAAUAA